AUGUCCAAAGAAGAAACAGUGUCGUCAAAAGGUAAAGAACCUUACGGUUGUAUCAGUGGUGUUAACUAUGGAACGAGGCUAGCUCCUCCGGCCAAGAAACUGAAAGCACAAGGCGGGGGCUUUGGGUAUGAUUGGGAUGAUGGGGUAAACGACAAUGUUCGUAUGAUAACAGUAACAUACGAUGGCUCAGGUGUGAACACCGUCAAGUUUGAAUACGCCUUAGGAACGAAUACUGUAGUCGGAGACAAGCACGGGUACAGCCCCAGUGAUGACCAGAAAAAAGAGUUCAGGCUCAAGGUUGAUGAAUACAUCACAUCCGUUGAAGGACACUAUGGUCAAAGGUUGCCACCUCCUGGACCCGAUCGUACUACGAUGAAAGCAUUUGGAUACGAGUCUAUGACAAUGCUUAACUUCAAGACAAACAUUACAACAUAUAAAGUGUUGGAUAUUAAACCAGGUUAUGAGUAUGUGGGCACACCGAUCAAGUUAACGGAGGAAGGUCACAAGAUUGUUGGGUUCUAUGGAAUGUAUUCCACUUGUGUUAACCAAAUUGGUGUUUAUGUCAAGCCAAUCGGUGAUGCUUAA